CCAAAGAAGACAAAGAACCAGCCCUUUGACUUCAGGGGAAAUCCUGACCUGAGACUUUUGGUCAGCGCAGUUGCUGGGAACAUCUGAGACCACGAUGCAGACAUCAGAGACUGUGUCGGACACAGGUUCAACAGUGACUUUACAGACAUCUGUGGCUGGUCAAGCAGCAGUGCCCACGCAGGUAGUACAGCAAGUACCAGUGCAGCAGCAGGUACAGCAGGUGCAGACUGUGCAGCAGGUACAGCAUGUCUACCCAGCACAGGUGCAGUAUGUGGAAGGAAGUGACACAGUCUACACAAAUGGAGCUAUCCGAACAACAACUUACCCUUACACAGAAACCCAGAUGUAUAGCCAAAACACCGGGGGGAAUUACUUUGAUACGCAAGGAGGUUCUGCACAAGUGACAACAGUGGUCUCAUCUCAUAGUAUGGUGGGCUCUGGAGGGAUUCAAAUGGGUGUCACAGGAGGACAACUCAUUAGCAGCUCUGGAGGGACCUAUCUGAUUGGCAAUUCAAUGGAAAAUUCCGCUCAUUCAGUGACACAUACAAUGCGGGCCUCCCCAGCUACAAUUGAAAUGGCGAUUGAGACACUGCAAAAGUCUGAUGGUCUGUCCACUCACAGAAGCUCUCUUCUCAACAGCCAUCUCCAGUGGCUCUUAGACAACUAUGAAACAGCAGAAGGAGUCAGUCUCCCCAGAAGUACCCUUUACAAUCAUUACUUACGACACUGUCAGGAGCACAAGUUGGACCCAGUCAAUGCUGCCUCUUUUGGAAAACUCAUAAGAUCAAUUUUCAUGGGGCUACGGACCAGGAGACUAGGCACCAGGGGGAACUCCAAAUAUCAUUACUAUGGGAUUCGUGUCAAGCCAGAUUCUCCUCUUAAUCGGCUACAAGAGGACAUGCAAUAUAUGGCUAUGAGACAACAACCCAUGCAGCAGAAACAGAGGUACAAGCCUAUGCAGAAAGUGGAUGGAGUUGCAGAUGGUUUCACAGGAAGUGGUCAGCAGACAGGCACAUCUGUUGAGCAAACUGUAAUUGCCCAAAGUCAACAUCAUCAACAGUUUUUGGAUGCAUCUCGAGUACUUCCAGAGUUUGGAGAAGUUGAAAUAGCUUCUUUGCCAGAUGGUACUACGUUUGAGGAUAUCAAAUCACUGCAGAGUCUUUAUAGAGAGCACUGUGAGGCAAUAUUGGAUGUUGUAGUGAAUCUUCAGUUUAGCCUGAUAGAAAAAUUGUGGCAAACUUUCUGGCGCUAUUCUCCCUCCACUCAAGCUGAUGGCACUGCUAUUAGUGAACCGAGCAAUCUGAGUGAAAUAGAAAGUCGACUUCCGAAAGCAAAGCUGAUUACUCUGUGCAAAAAUGAGACUAUUCUGAAAUGGAUGUGUAACUGUGACCAUGUGAUGUACCAGGCUUUGGUGGAGAUUCUCAUUCCUGACGUCCUUAGACCUAUUCCUAGUGCCUUGACCCAAGCCAUUCGCAAUUUUGCAAAAAGCCUUGAAGGUUGGCUUUCCAAUGCCAUGAACAAUAUUCCACAGAGAAUGAUACAAACCAAGGUUGCCGCUGUAAGUGCCUUUGCCCAGACUCUGCGAAGAUACACAUCUCUUAAUCACCUGGCUCAGGCAGCUCGUGCUGUGCUUCAGAACACUUCUCAAAUCAACCAGAUGCUCAAUGACCUCAACCGUGUUGAUUUUGCCAAUGUCCAGGAGCAGGCUUCCUGGGUAUGCCAGUGUGAUGACAACAUGGUUCAGAGACUAGAAACCGACUUCAAGAUGACUCUUCAGCAGCAGAGCACUCUGGAACAGUGGGCUGCCUGGCUCGAUAAUGUAAUGAUGCAAGCAUUGAAACCAUAUGAAGGAAGACCCAGCUUUCCUAAAGCAGCACGGCAAUUUCUGCUAAAAUGGUCUUUCUACAGCUCAAUGGUUAUUCGAGACUUAACCUUGCGCAGUGCUGCUAGCUUUGGCUCUUUUCAUCUGAUCCGACUGCUUUAUGAUGAGUACAUGUUUUACUUAGUAGAACACCGUGUUGCUCAGGCAACAGGAGAAACACCUAUAGCAGUUAUGGGAGAGUUUGGCGACUUAAAUGCUGUUUCCCCUGGAAAUAUGGAUAAAGAUGAGGGCAGUGAAGUUGAAAGCGAAAUAGAUGAAGAGCUAGAGGAAUCUGGAGAGCCACAAGCCAAGAGAGAGAAAACAGAGCUAACCCAAGCAUUUCAGGUGGGCUGCAUGCAGCCAGUACUAGAGAGUGGAGUACAGCAGAACCUCCUGACCCCACUUCACAAUGAGCACAUUGUCACAAGUACUCAGACUAUCAGACAAUGCAGUGCUACUGGAAAUACAUAUACUGCAGUCUAACAAAAUAUUAAAGCUUUUUUCCCCCCCCCCCCAGAUUACAUUAGCCCUGUUGAUGUUGGGCUUAAUAUGAAAAAACGAGAAUAAGUCUGAAGGCGACUGUUGUCAAAUUUUAGCUUUGCUGAACAUUACCUUUGUUGGAAUUGUGAAAUGGAAUGGGUGUAUGUAUUUUGCCAGAUCUGUUUAAAAAAAAAAUUUUGUAAACAAAAUCACUUUACAUUGGUCACUCAAUAUUCAGAGUUUUCUUAGUUUCACGUGUCAAGAAGGAUUUUGCAAAGCUUACUAUUAAUGUUUUUGUCCUCUUAUAAGUAAAGUAAUUUAAUUUUUUCAUAGUUUUUUAAAAAAUAUGUUAAUGUUAAUUGUUAGUUAUGGUGAUGAUGAUUUAAAUAUACAUAGUUUUUUAAUUAGAUGCACUUCUGUGAAAUAUCAAAAGAAAUACUUUCUUUGAUUUACACUGGAGGCAUAUUCAUUUGACAGCAGAUGCAUCAAAUUUGUCAUAAAAAGGUGCUUUUCAUUGGACAGAACUAGAAGACACUACUAUUUUGAUCACAUUUCUGAGCAUUCAGUGGGAAAGUUUUAGGAAUUUUUAUUAUAAUGCUGGAGGGUUGGGAAGAUCUAUUGUUUUCUUUAUCUAAGGAAGAGUUGUGUUUUCUGCAUUCAUGAAUGCAGACAAAAUGAGAAGAUGGUAAUGUGUACGUAAUAAAUGUACAUAAUUAUCAGACCAUCACGUAAACAAUGCAAACUUCCAUUGAAACCAUCAGUUUUACAUUUUAUUUGCAUACGAGUUCCUCUGUUUGAAGACUACUGAUUCUAUAUUUGAGACCACUGCACAGAUGCUUUCAGCUGUUAAGUGGGACUGUAGUAGUUAGAUACUGAAGUUGAAAAAGAAGUGACUUGAUUUUUUUAAGUGUAUGUGCUACUUAUGCUGAACUGGACAUACAGGAAACCAUUCCAUCUGGAUGACUUUCUUCUAUUCCAGGUCUUUUUCCUACUAGUAGUUGAAUCUGCUGCUCUUAUAAAAGAUAACUUAUAGAAUGCAAGGAAUGUAGCAACCUGCAUCAUAUUUACUUCAAAAAUAUUUCCUGGUUCUUAAAAUAAGUGGAUUUAAAUUUUUACAAAAAUUAAAUAAGGCAGUGUAACUGGCACACCUCAUUUGUACUUAUUCCCAAUUGUGUAGAAUUUGAAUAGGUGGCUAGAUGGACCAUUGCCAUUUAAGAAUGUACAUCAGGGAUCAUUGUACCUCGGCUAUUACAUGGUGCCUUAAACAGAACUGAAGCUAAGAUUUAGUACUUUUUGUUAUUAAUAACUCUUAAAUUCAUUCAACAAGGUGUGCCUGUCAUUUUCAAAUUCCCUAAGAAGUAAGGGCAGGUUACAUAUUCUUCAAAGAAAUAAAGAAAUUUUUUAUUACUAAAUGGUGUUAAUAUCCCUCUUAGAGUGACAAUAAACCUAUUUUUUCUUGUUUCUAGCUGAAUUUCACUUUAUUACAAAUAAGAUAUGUUUGGGGAUCUGGAAAGCAAAACUAGCUUUAAUGCCAACUUCAGAUGUUAACAAAGUCGGUUAACCCCAGCCCCAAGCAUGGUUAUAUAUUUUCUAAACCCUUGUCUACUUUUAAUUUUAGAAAGUAAACAAAAUGAGCAGGUACUUAAUACAGAGCAUGUUUUCAAUUUGUAUGUGUGGUGGGGUGUCAGUCUGCAAUUAUGUUUAAUGGCUAAAUCAUAGAGAAUGUGUGUACAUCUCAUUUUAAUUGACAUGAAACAUCUCACAAGCAUGUGUGAUUAUUUUAUACAUUUAAUUAUUUUUAAAACAGGCACACAAAUCUACUCAUUUGUAAUAGUGGAAAUAAGCGAGCAAAGAAGCCAAAAAUGAAGGAAAGCACACACACAAACAUUUCAGUUUUAUUGAAAGGGCCUGUUGGGGAAAAAAAACUAAGGAGUUAUUUAGUCUGGUUUAUUUAGUGUGUCUGUGGACUGAUCUUUUUUACAUGUACCAAAUGGCUGAACAGCAUGUGAGAUGAACAGUAUAUUUAUAGCAUACAUCUUUCUUGCUAGAGUUUUCAUAUGCUCCAAGAACUGAUACAGAUCAAGUACAUUUUCUUAAUACACUAGUAAACAUUUUUAAUAUAUAAAAUAAGUAUAAAUUGCUUAGCAUUGUAUUUUACAGAAUUUGGGGCCCAAUUUUACAUACUCUACAGCUCGCACCAGUCAAUGGGUGUUUUCCCUGAGUAGAGUGCAAGAUAGGGUUUGUCAUUUACAGUAUUUGAAAUUUAUGCAAGCUCUAAGUUUCAUAGGUUUUGUUCACCCAGAUAUCAUUUCGGUGUCCUGGUUUGUUUUUUUCCAUACAAAAGAGUGUGUCUGCAACCCUCAUUAAAAAAACAAAACAAAAAACUAAGCUGUGAUAAAUAUUUAUUCCCCUUCAUUGUGCAUUAUGAACUGUUUACAGGUUAAAUUAAAGAU